AUGUCGUCCCCAGCACCUCUCCUCAGGCCUCCAGUGCCCGGCGGUCGCAACAACAGCGGCACCCGCACGCCCCGUCUUACCCUUGGCAUCCCUCCGUCUCCCAGCACGAAACCAGUCAAUCCUUCCAACGAAGAUCCACGAAUAUCAGACAUCCCCCUCCCGCAACCAUCAAGUCGACCUGCGCCACCGCAACUUCGAUUGGCGACUCCUAUGAGAAGUAGCAAUAAUCAGCCUGGUGAGGUUGGAAGGCCGACACCGUAUUUGAGCAGUAUUUCAACGAGCAGCAAUAGUCUCGGUGACGGCAGUAAUGGUCUGUCUACGUCCGGGAGUGUCACCCAUCAAGAUGGGAAGACUAGUGGUCCCGGUAGUGCUUCCUCUUCGUCAUACUCGACUUUGUCAUUUGCUAUGGGGCUACGCCAGCCGACUAUUGGCACUCCGGAUCCGUCCUCAGCCAUUAGCUCUGUUUACUCGGAUCGAGACGGUGGUGUAUCCAUGGAAAGAGACAACAGCGUCAAUAGCUUGCUACCGGAUCUCGACAAGUUGAGUCUCGAUAAGGGACGACCGCUUGACGUUGAAGAUCUGGAUGACCAGGGCUGGUUGGCAGCUAGUGAACAGAAGAAAAUUGUUGAACUUGGAAGUCUCGGAGAAGGUGCCGGUGGUGCAGUGACGCGAUGCAAACUGAAGGAUGGUAAUACCAUAUUUGCUUUAAAGAUUAUCACCACCGACCCUAACCCCGACGUCAAGAAACAAAUUAUCCGAGAGUUGAAUUUCAACAAAGACUGCGCAUCUGAGCAUAUCUGUCGAUACUAUGGUGCAUUCAUGGAUAAAUCUACAGGCACUAUCUCAAUUGCUAUGGAAUUCUGCGAGGGAGGAAGUUUGGAUAGCAUCUACCGUGAAGUUAGGAAACUCGGCGGGCGAACAGGCGAAAAAGUGUUGGGCAAGGUUGCCGAAGGCGUUCUCAAUGGCCUGACCUAUCUGCACAGUCGAAAGAUCAUUCACAGAGAUAUCAAACCAUCCAAUAUUCUACUUUGUCGAAACGGUCAAGUCAAACUGUGCGAUUUCGGCGUCAGCGGAGAAUUCGGCACAAAAGGAGACGCCAACACUUUUAUCGGAACAUCAUACUACAUGGCUCCCGAACGAAUCACGGGUCAGUCGUACACCAUCACUUCAGACGUCUGGUCCCUAGGCGUCACAUUACUCGAAGUCGCUCAACACCGAUUUCCAUUCCCGGCAGAUGGAACAGAGAUGCAACCCCGCGCUGGACUGAUUGAUUUAUUAACGUAUAUCGUCCGACAACCCAUUCCAACGCUAAAAGACGAACCAGAGAACAAUAUUCACUGGUCUGAUAAUUUCAAAUACUUUAUUGAGUGCUGCCUUGAAAAAGACCCUCCACGAAGAGCCACGCCGUGGCGGAUGCUGGAUCAUCCAUGGAUGCAGGACAUUAAGAAUAAAAAAGUCAAUAUGGCUAAUUUUAUUAAGCAAGUAUGGGGAUGGACUGACUAGCUGGCCAUCAUCCAUUCCACUGAUUGCAUAUAGACGGGCUGUGCCUGUUGCAAUUGAAUAUUUUAUCAUGACACUUUUGAACUAUUGAUUGCAUGAGACUAUACUCAUGUUGUGUGUUGCACCGCAUGGCUACGUCCCUGUUUCGGUACUUCGUCUCUGUCCUUUCCUCAUAUCUGGGCGUUUGGUUGGUUCAUAUAUUUAUCGAUUAUAUAUCAAACAAUACAUACGACAUGCAUGACAUUCAUC